UGCCUGGCCAGAGCACAGCGCAGGGACACCUGGUGCCUGAAGGAGAGGCUGGGCAGCACCAGGGGAAACUGAGGCCAGGUAAGGCUCUGGAAACCAGUGCUCAGGGCUUGACCUACCUGGGCCAGUGUCCUGCCCUCGUGCCUGCCCGUGACCUGCACAGUGGUGUCCAGGGCGGCUGGCCUCACGCACGGACCACCCUCGUCCUUACUGCCUUGAGUGCUGGGGAGAGCAUGAUCGAGCUGGAGAGGGAGAGGGAGUCGGAGGAGGAUGAGGAGGGUGGGGGCACGACGGACACAGCUCCCAUGCUGCCGCAGAGCCUUCCCAGCCGCCGGAGCACAGCUGCCCAGGGCCUGCGGCUGCUGCUCCACCUGCUGCUGUCCGGCCGGGCCCUCGCGGGACUGCUGCUCUACUUGCUGCUGCCGGCCAGCGUCUUUCUGCUGGUGCUGCUGCCCGCAGCCACCACGGUCUACGUGGGAUUCCUGUGCCACUCCAGGGUGCACCCGGCGCCCCGGCCCGCCUGUCGGGCGCUGCUGUCGGACCGCGCGGCCGCCGCGCUCAUCGUGUCCGGGUUCCUGGCGCUGCCCCCGCUGGUCGUGCUCGCCGCCGCCCUCCGCGCCCGCCUGGCCCGGCGCCUCCGCCCGCUGCUGCCGCUGCCCGCCUGGACCCCCGGGCGCUGCCGCUGGCCCGGCGCCGGCCACCCCGACGGGGAGCAGCCGCAGCCGCAGCUCUGCGCCCGGCCCUGGCGGGACCCGGCCCGGGCUCCCCACCGGCGCCGCGACGCUCCGCGAGGUGGCACCCGCGUGCCUCGGACGGGACCGGCUGGGAGGCGCCCUGCCCUGCGGGCGGGCGAGGAGGGAGAUGGGAGGCCCCCCGCACGUUGCCCCUCGGAGCGCGCCCGGUGA